CGACAAGAUGCCGCCUCACAAAAUACUAGUAGUACUGCAGAGACCAGACUUGGUGACGCCGCAUCUCCCUUUCCUUUCACGCUCACGCGCCAAACUCGCGUUCAAGCUAUACCUUGGCCCUGCUCGCCAUGUCUUCUGAACCCUCACCGGGAUCCACUACAUUAGACAUUCUGCAGGCUUACGGUCAUCCUCCGUCCCCUUCAUCUCCGGACGCGACAUCCACCAAUAGACCACCAGAUAUUAACUUACCUCUUCAGAUACCAAAUUCUAGAUUUUCAAGUAUUUCAUACAGUUCAGCAUCAAUUCUGUUUCCUGCGGACAAAAGCUUGCCGAACGAGACCAACGAAUCGCCCUUUCGAUGGAAUUUACCAUUACCCGUGGAACCUGAGGAGAGUGGACCACCGUCUGGCGGAGGAAAGGAACUGGUAUCCAAACCCACAGCACACAUCUGGCAGGGCUGGAGAAUCAUCGUAUUUGGCUCAUGGUUCAACCUUUUAUUGUUGCUGAUCCCUGUUUCUUGGACGCUGAGCUUCGUGCUCGAGAAGCACCACAAGCUUAUAUUUACCUUCAGCAUCCUGUCCAUGAUCCCUCUUGUAAAGCUCCACGAUCUUUCAACUCGUGAACUGGCACUUCGUAUCGGAGGCACAAAGGCUGGUUUGCUUAAUGCGAGUAUGAGCAAUACUGUCGAGAUGGUGAUUGCGAUCACCGCCCUCAGGAAGUGUGAACUAAGGGUCGUACAAUCUUCGCUGAUCGGUUCGAUUUUGAGCAAACUACUCCUUGUCCUUGGGAUGUGCUUCUUUGCUGGCGGGCUUCGCUUCUCUGAACAAGGAUUCGACCAGACCGCUACACAGAUACAUUCAUCGCUUUUGAGCAUCAGCGUUGGGGCUCUGCUCCUCCCUGCUGCGUAUCACUUCGCAAUCAGUGGCGGAAAGGAUUCUGGCUCCUUUGAGCAGAAGAAUAAUAUUCUGAAUAUGAGCUAUGGAGUCUCAAUCAUACUCAUGUUGAUUUAUGUUGCCUAUCUUCUCUUCCAGUUCUGGUCCCACAAGCAUCUCUAUCAAGAUACGAAGCUUAAGAGUAGCAAGCUGUCGGUCAAGAUACCAGUCAGUUCGCGUUAUCUGACCGAGAUGCUUUCUGCGUCUGUGACCCUGAUCGACAAACCUGGUAGCACGCAUGAUGGCCAGAGUUCGGCUUCGAGUUCUCGACGUGGUUCAGUGAUAUCUUCCAACUUCCCUCCGCUGCCCAAAUUUCCCUAUAAGAACUCGCCGUUGAGUUCUUCCUCCGAGAUCACGCUGACAGCGAGCAAGGAACACCUUCCGGAAACGACUAAACAGGGGGUAACACAGGAGUCUACUAAUCGGUUGGCCGAGGGAGUGUCACGGCAAACUACACAACCCGAGCACGAUCGUGUAGAUGGCAACACUGUUGACCUCUUAGAUCUUGAUACCGGUCCUAUCCUAUGCGCUUCACCAGAGCCUAUGACUACCUCUGAACGUGCGAAUCUGCAUAGGUCGCCAUCAGCGACGGAUAGUUUCAGAGAGCCGCAGCUUAGCUGGAUGGUCACCCUUCUGCUAUUGACAUUGGUCACUAUUACAGUGACUAUUACUGCUGAAGAUCUUGUGGAAUCCAUGGACGGAAUCUCAACAACGAUUAGCAAGCAAUGGGUCGGUCUUAUCUUGCUUCCUGCAGUCAGCUCUAUCGCAGAAUGCGUUACUGCAGUCAACACUUCUGUGAAGGACCAGCUGAAUCUGAGCGUGAGCAUCGCUGUCGGGUCGUCGAUACAAACCACUCUCUUAAUUAUUCCGUUCAUGGUUACCCUUGGAUGGAUCAUGGGCAGGCCACUGGCUUUACUAUUCGACCCGUUUGAGUCUGUGGUUCUCUACAUUUCAGUGCAAACCAUGAGUUUUGUGGUCGCGGACGGAAAAUCAAACUGGCUAGAGGGUGUCAUCUUGAUCUGCUUGUACUUCAUCAUAGCCGUUUCCUUCUGGUUCUACCCCAUUUCCUCGAGCCUCCCGAGCGAACUCGCUGUCUGCGUGUAACGAGUCACGACGAUGAUCUUUUAGAACGAUUCCUACCCUGGGUCCUGGGAUCGUAUUUGCCCUGCAAAGUAGACUUGUCCAGGCCACUUUCUAAGUAUAGGUAUAUUGUCCUUCGGUCCACCUUCACGUUCUUUACGGACUUGUCGUUCAUUCACUUCACACCCUACUUCACACACCCUGUACUACAUGUGAAUUAUCUUCGACAGUAGAACAUUUAAUGAGUCGAUGUACUUUAUUUACUAGUCGAUUACAAGCGACAUAUGGUCGCCUUAUUAUACCGUACGUGGUAUCCAGGGGCAUACC